AUGAACGUGACAGUAUUUUCUGUUGCCAGCAAGCUGGUUCUUGUCUCCUUCACAGUACUUUUACUCGUACUUGCUCGCUACUCCGCUGCCAGUCGUCGACCUCGAGGCUUUCCGCCUGGGCCGCCAACACUGCCAAUAAUCGGGAAUCUUCACCAGUUUCCUCUCAAAAAGCCUUUCAUCAGAUUUCUUGAAUGGAGCAAACAGUACGGCGCUGUGGUCGGCCUCAAUCUAGAUCCUCAAAACGUCAUCGUGCUGAACAACUACGGGAGUGUGAAAGAACUCUUUGACAAACGUGGAGCUAUCUAUUCGAGCCGUCCUGAUAGCUAUGUUAGCAAUGAACUUCUUUGCCGCAAUGAAACACACAUUCUGCUCGUCCCAUACGGCCAAAGCUGGAGGGCUCUUCGGAAGGCAGUUCAGGCUUUGUUGAAUGUGACUGCUGUGGACGGACCCUUGCCCGUCCAAGAAGCGAAAGCAUCACAGACGGUAUAUGAACUUAUGACAAGUCCGGAAAAGUGCUUCACGCAUAUUCGCCGGUAUUCAGCAGCUGUCAUUCUUGCAUCCGUGUUCGGCCAGAGAAGCGCUAGCUACGAGGCACCAAAAGUCCAAGCCCUCUAUCAUGCUCAGGAGCAAUUCACCGAAAUACUAGCUCCAGGAGCCACACCCCCCAUGGAUCCCUUCCCGUUCUUGAGAUAUAUGCCUACAUUCUUAGCCCCUUACAAGCGCUGGGCAGCAAAUAUUCGGCAAGAGCAACGGACACUAUAUUCCGGCCUGCUCAACGAGACCAAGGCAAGAACCCGGAAACAAGAUAAGAUCCCUUGUUUCAUGGACAAACUCUUGGAGGGAAAGGAGAAAAGUGGCCUUGAUGACGAACAGAUUGUGUACACUGGGGAAUUCUGGUAUGGCUCUCUAUGGCUAGCUUUCCUUACGGCAAGAUCUGAUUUCGGUUUUAAGAUGGAAGCAGGUUCUGAUUCGACAUCCUCGACUCUGCACUCGUUUGUCCUUGCCAUGGUCAAAUAUCCUGAAGUCUUGCGAAAGGCACAGAAAGAAUUAGAUGAGGUCUGCGGACCCUCAAAGUCACCUGGUUCCCAGGAUGUUAAGAACCUUCCCCUACAUACAAGCAGUCAUGACAGAGGUGAGAGGUCAGAUACCACGUUGAGAUGGCGACCAGUAGCACCAGGUGGCGUCCCUCAUAUGCUGAUUCAAGAUGACAUCUACGAGGGCUACUUCCUUCGCAAAGGCACCAUUGUGUUUGCUAACACCUGGUCCAUUCACCAAGACACGUCAGAAUACAACAGACCAGAGGAAUUCAUACCAGAACGGUUCCUCAACGACAAAUUCGGCAGCAAGGGCAAUAACCAAAGUUCCCAUGACGAUGAAAGUAAUAGAAGAGUAACUUACAGCUUCGGGGCCAGAAGGCGAGUCUGUUCUGGUCAACGCCUUGCGGAGAAUUCUCUGAUGAUCAACAUGUCCAAAAUGGCCUGGGCCUUUGACAUUAAAGCCGACCCGAGUGCACCGCCGCUGGGCUUGGACGUGGAAACGGGCCACUCAGGCGGCUUCGUGUUUGGACCCAAUCCAUUCUCGGCCUCGUUCUCUAUUCGAUCCCAGCAGCAUCAGGAAACCAUCUUGAGAGAAUACGAGGAGGCAAAGAUAUUCUUCCAGAAAUAUGAAGAUUAG